AUUGAUUAUAAUAUGAUUGGUAAACUUUCUAAUGCAGCUCGUCCAUUGAAUCCAAAAUCUUUUAAAUUUGGCAAGUAGCAAUUACAUUCGAAAGAAGCGAACGUUUCAGCAGAUCCAUGGAUCUCAUACUCAAAAACUGAAAAAAAAAGCAUGCAUUUCUCACACUUAUUCAUCUGUUCUUUCUGCAUAUUACUCAUCUUCAUCUCCACAACUGUCUUCUCUCAGAAUUGUUUCAUUGAAAAGGAUGGAAUGAUCAUUGAUUUUUCCAAAGCUGACAAUGGCACCACUGGCCACAAAAUUAUUGACACUCUUCACUUGCCAGGAAAUUAUUACAUGCUUAAUUUGUGUAAGCCAGUAACUUCCACCAAUGCCUCAUGCUAUGCCACCACCAAUCAAGGACAAUUUCAAAUUGCUUUCAUUGACAAUUAUUUUGAUCGAUGUUUUGGUAUUGGAAAACCUGGACCCAGAAUUUCACUUUUCGAUCCUAAACAUAUUCAAAAUGGAGUCAUUGUUGAAUUUGAUAUGUUUGUGAGUUUGGCAGGUGAAUUACAUGGAGCCAAAUGUUUCCUGGUUUGUGAUGAGGAUUCAGAAUUUAAGGGAUUUUACAUUGGAACGAGUAAAAAGACUUUUAAGAAGGAAUUUACUCAUGAAUUUAAGAUUGUUACACGAUAUGCGUGUCCAAGAAAGAAGGAGAAUAAUCGACCAGUGAAGAUUUUAUCCAAAAAUUAAUAUUAAAUAUAUUUAUAAAUAUUAACUAU